ACGCGUUGGGCUACCUUCAUUCGAGCUAGAGCCAUCAGUUAGAGCAAGAGCUUUGGACAAAGUUGUGUGCUGGAACGUGUUGAGUAAGCAACGGACAGAAACCAAAUAAAGACAUUGUGAGUUUGAAAACAAAAUGGAGUCGACACUCCGUUUUGCCUGCUUGUUAGCAGGCUUAAUUGCUGUCCAGGCCCAGUGUCCACCGUCAUGGGUUAAGGUUGAGAAUAGCUGCUACCGUGCCUUCGGUCAAUUGAAGACCUAUGACAUGGCCUCGCAGUCCUGCAAGACGUUUACAGGAUGCGAUGGAAUUUCACCCGGCCAUCUUGCCGCACCAACAACAUUCGAGGAACGCAGAGCAGUCCGUAAAAUUAGGUUCGAUCUGUUGAGGCCAAUCGGUGGAAACAGGAUAGGAGAAGGGCAGAGGCUUCGUCCAUCAAAUGUCUGGAUGGGCUUCCGACUCGGUCAAGGUGCUAACUCAUCUUGGGACAGCACCGAGCAAUACGAUAAUCUACUUCUUGACCAGCACUGGGGACCCAACAGACCGAACAUGCCAGGACAACGUCCCCAGGCACAGGCCUUCGACCCGACUAACUUCCGAUGGAACGGCCGCUGCAUGACACUUCCGGGUCAGAUGCAGAUGAAUGGAGCUGUUCAGAAGUGGGGCCACAUCGCAUGCAACAUGCAGGCAGCUUACAUGUGCGAGAUCUCACCAGCAGGUACCGUCAACCCCAAUAUCAACACUGGAGGCGGUCAAGGAGGCUUUAAUUCUUCCACCGGAAUGGGACCAGGUAUGCCAGGUGGUGGACGUGGUGGAUGGGGACAAGGAGGCCAAGGCCAAGGAGGACAGGGUGGUCGAGGAGGAUGGGGUGCAGGAGCAGGAACCGGCCAGGGAGCUGGUGGUGGAUGGGGCGGGCAGAACCCACAGAACCCAGGUGCCGGUGGCGGACGCUGGAACCCUAACCAAGGUGCCGGAGCUGGAGCUGGUGCCGGUGGACGCUGGAACCCGAACCAAGGUGCUGGAGCCGGUGCAGGUGCCGGUGGACGCUGGAACCCGAACCAAGGUGCUGGAGCAGGAGGAGCAGGAGCAGGAGCAGGAGGCUGGAACCCCAACCAAGGAGCUGGCGCCGGUCGAUGGAACCCUCAGACCCCUCAGAACCCCGGGCAGGGUGGCCGAUGGAACCCUCAGAACCCAUCACGACCCAGGAUGUACCAGCAAGGCCAAGCUUUAGCUAUGCCAUAAAAAGACUUUCCUAAACUCUUUGACCUAAACCCACCACAUCUUUAUUCAAAUGAGAUGUCUUCUCAAUCAUACGGGGAUUUGUUUGUGAUACGACUUAGGGAAGCGAACAAGAAUGUUCGAAUGUAAAUCUGAACUGCUACAAAGUCUUUCAUACCGUUGCAAUAUUAAAUUAAGGAAAAUGGACGAUCACCGGAAAUCACUAGUUUUAGCGAAACACUCUCUCAUUCAAGAACUAAAAAUUAUCUAGCGCCAUCAUGUGUUGGAAAAUUGCCAUCCGAACUCGGGAAAACUGUUAUUCAUAGGAAUGAAAUUUGUAUAUUGGUGAUUUAUGUUUGAUAUAUUUUAUCAGAUGUUUCAAAAAUAUUCUUGUCUCAAACAAGAUGUAUAAUUUGUAAAGAAUCGAAAGUGUGUUUCAUGUUUGAUGAAUUCUUAAUUAAAUUAGAUUUCAACUAAA